AUGGCUAGGUUGGAUCUGUCUAAGAAUUAUAACAUCAUGGCAACCAUGCUAAGAUGGCUCUCCAACGCCACCAGCCUCGAGUACCUUGAUCUUUCUGGCUGUGGGAGUCUCACUGUCGAGCCGCCACAGGUUGCUCUGGGGGCUCUCAUAAAUCUAAAGGGAUUGGAUUUGUCGAGCAACUCUCUAGAAGGAGAUAUUCUUGGAAUUCUGAGCAAUGUCAGCGGCGGUGGCCUGAAGCACUUGGACUUGAGCCAGAAUUACUUUACCGGAACCAUCACACGAAUCGUGCGGAGCCUUAGACACCUACAGCACCUGGACUUAUCGGAUAAUUCCAAUGUCGCCGGACACGUUCCAGAUUUGCUGGGGAAUCUCACAAGCUUGCGACAUUUAAGCUUGCGAGAUAAUAAUCUGAUCGAUGGGGAGAUUCCACCAACCAUGGGACAUUUUGUCCGGUUGGAGCACCUGGAUUUGUCUCACACUCGCAUCACCGGAGAUGUACCAUCGAGCAUAGGAAACCUCAGUGACCUGGUUUAUUUAGAUCUCGCAGGUUGCUCGAUUACCGGACAGAUACCACCGAGCGUGGGGAACCUCACCGAACGGGAAUACUUGGAUUUAUCAAGCAACGACGUCGUCGGAAGCAUUCCGGAGACCAUCGGUUCUAUGGUCCAUCUGGAGACAUUAAACUUGUUCGACAAUAGUGUCGCCGGACAACUACCGGAGACGAUGGGUAGACUCCGCCGCUUGAAGUCCUUGGACAUAGCGGAUAACAAGUUAUCCGGUCAGCUACCGACGGCAAUGGGUGACCUAUGCAAUUUGACCUUGUUAGAUUUGUCCUACAACAAUAUCGCUGGAGAUCUAACAGAUCUAUUACGUGGUUUGUCUACUUGCUCGCGAGGAUCGUCUUUAUUAUCUUUAUUUAUGAAGGAUAACAAUUUGAGCGGAAUUAUUCCUUCGAGUAUGGGCCAAUUAUCUCAGUUAGAGUAUCUAUUUCUCUCCUCGAACUCGUUGGUUGGUAAUAUUACGGAAGCACACUUUUCGAAUCUCACAAAGCUAUUCGAGUUCACAAUAGUUUCCAACUCCUUGAAUGUGAUCCUACCAAAUGAUUGGCUCCCUCCUUUUAGUGUCUUCUUUAUUGAUAUGAGCUCUUGUCAUAUAGGAGCCAAAUUUCCUGAUUGGAUUCAGACUCAACAGGAAUUGCAUAGUCUUUAUCUAUCUGGAGUUGGACUCUCAGGUAGCCUCCCAGCUUGGUUUUCGGAUUUCUCGAAAGGCUUGCAAGAUCUUGACAUGAGCUCCAACAAUUUGACCUCUACCAGCUUGGUUUUCGGAUUUCUCGAAAGGCUUGCAAGAUCUUGA